AUGACUAUCACAUCAGUCCACACAAUCUUGCCCAGCCGCUCCUCUACUAAUGUCACAGAGAAGAGGACGGAAAAGCCUCUCCCAAAGCCCUACACCGUCCAAGACUUUCCCUUCAAGAGCUACAGCCCCCCGCAGCCGGAUGGAUAUGAGCGCAGCAAGGCGCAUCCUGAAACGAGCGCCAUUGUGAUUGAUAAUGGCUCUCAUCUCGUCAAGGCUGGCUGGUCCUUCGACCAGAAUCCGCGCUUUGUUCUACCUCCGGUCAUGAGCCGGUAUCGAGAUCGCAAGCUCGGUCGUCAAGCACACUUUAUCGGAUACGAUGCUUAUGUUGACGCGACCACGCGCGGUCAGCUCAAGCAUGCCUUUGAUGGCAGCUCAAGUGUGGUCGGCAAUUGGGAUGUGAUGGAGGGUGUACUGGAUUAUAUUUUCCUCAAGUUGGGUGUCGACGGUGCCAAUGGAGGUGUGGACCGCCCUAUCGUCAUGACUGAACCGGUUGCGAAUUUGGGCUAUCCACGAAAAAUGAUGAACGAGAUUCUGUUUGAAUGCUACAAUGCGCCCUCGGUGGCCUAUGGAAUCGAUUCACUUUUCGCAUACCGCUACAACAAAGGAACUGACGGUCUAAUUGUCUCUUCAUCGCACGCCUCCACACAUGUCAUUCCUGUCCUGAAUUCGAGACCGUUGCUCUCGCACUCGUCCCGCCUCAACUGGGGUGGCUUGCAAACCGCCGAAUACCUGCUGAAGCUGCUCCGUUUGAAAUAUCCCACAUUUCCAGCGCGUGUGACGGAAAACCAGGUGGAAGAGAUGGUGCAUAAGCAUUGCUAUGUCUCUCAAGACUACGAUCGCGAGCUGGGUGGAUAUUUGGAUUGGACCGGACUCGAGGAGAGAGAUCACGUCAUUCAGUACCCUUUCACAGAGCAUGUGGUCGUUGAGAAAAGUGAGGAAGAAUUGGCUCGGAUUGCCGAGCGAAAGAAGGAAAGCGGACGCCGCCUGCAGGAGCAAGCCGCCAAGAUGCGACUAGAAAAGCUGGUGAAGAAAGAGCAGGAACUAGAAUACUGGAAGGCCCUGCAAACACGACUGGCCACAGAGACCAAGAAGGAGAUCCGCAGAGCUCUAGAAGCUGAAGAGCUCAAGGACGAGGCCCAUCUCGACCGGAUGAUCCGAGAUCUCGAAAAAUCCAUCAAACGAUCACGCAAUCGAGACCUGGGUAUCGAGGAGGAAGAGCAGCAGGAGGAGAUGUCCUUCCACUUGCUGGAUGUACCCAAUGAGGAUCUAGAUGAGGCUGGUCUGAAGGAGAAGCGACACCAGCAAUUGAUGAAAUCUAAUGUCGAAGCGAGAGCACGCGCCAAGGCUGAAAAGGAGCAAGAGAAGGCCCGGGUGGAGGAAGAAGAGCGACUCGACCGGGAGAAGCGCGAAAAUGAUCUUGAGAAUUGGAUCGCCGAGAGGCGUGCGAAUCGACAGAAUCUCCUGCAAAAAAUCAAAGAUCGACAACGCUUCAAAGCCGACCUCGGAAACCGCAAGUCCCUCGCUAGUCAGAUGCGCAUGAAGACCUUGGCCAAUUUGGCCGCAGAUGGCCCCAAGAAGCGGCGUCGCGGCGGUGACGAUGACGACUUUGGUGCCAAUGACGAGGACUGGGGUGUGUAUCGUACCGUGGCCAAGGACGAACAAAGCGACGACGAAGAGGAGGAGGAUCUAGACGGCAUGCUGAACAACGUUGAACGGGAGCUGCUCGAGUACGAUCCUGACUUUACCGAGAACCAUACACUGGCCGCUCAGUCAGAUUGGACCAAGAGCUUGGUCCACGCCUUUCUUCGUGGACCGUGGCCAUUUGAUCCGGAAAGUCAGCGUGAGGCGCACCAGCUUCACUUGAAUGUGGAACGCAUUCGAGUGCCCGAAGUGGUCUUCAAGCCCUCUAUCGCGGGAGUUGACCAAGCCGGCCUCGUUGAAAUUGCCGCCGACAUUGUCAACCAGCGGUUCUCCAACCCUGUCGAUCGCAAUCGUCUCCUCAAGGAUGUCUUCUUGACGGGAGGUAAUACCCUGUUCGCAGGGUUCGAUGAGCGUUUCCGUCGGGAGCUCCGUGCCUACUUGCCCGUCGACGCUGAGCUUGCGGUCCGUCGGGCUGCCGAUCCUAUUAUGGACGCGUGGAAGGGCGCGGCUCAAUGGGCUUCCGGGUCUGAUUACGGCCGGUCGUCUGUGACUAGGCAGGAGUAUCUGGAGAAGGGUAGUGAAUACAUGAAGGAACACGAUCUUGGUAAUGCUUCAUGGUGA